AUGAUCAUUAUUUUAACAUUAUUGUUUUUCGCUGAAGGCACAGAGCUUAUUUCGGGUUUUGAAGUAUCAAGUGCGCCGGGUGAGCGGUGUAUUCCUUCGUCUAACGGUCAGAUGCCGUGCCGCGGUGGUGCUGUUUGCAUUAAUGGCUUAUGUGUUUGCCCUCAAGGAUAUGUUGUAAUGGGAGAUCGCUGUGUUCCGAUGAUCGGCACAGCGCAGAUAAGUGCUCCGGGAGAGCGAUGUAACAGUAAUGCAGAAGGACUAUCGUGCAGCGGGGGUGCUGUUUGUGUUAACGAAAUUUGUAUUUGUCCUGCUGAUCGUGUUAUUUACGGUGAUCGAUGCGUACAGUUCAGAGGAUAUGGUAAUUUUUAUUAUUGUGGAUUUGAGCUGAAAGUGGAUCUCUCCAAGGGUUCUUCUGAUUAA